AACGACGACGCGAUCCCGCUCGACUUUGCAAGUCUGGCAACCACGUAGCUAAUCAUUUGCUUCCGCUCAUAAGCCCCUACCGCUCCUGUCAAGCGUAGUAGCUCAGAAUAAUAGCUCCUCCCUUAGUAAGCUAUUAGGACGAGCUAUUACGAUUCCUGUCCCUUCAUAACCCCUUAGUGUUCGGUUCUUUCCCGCUCCUCUCGUUGCAGCCCCAGCUUUUACUAACCUCGAGAACUUGAGGAUGUAAUUUUCCUAUUACAUAAUACCGUGAAUUCUUAUGUUUCUAUUUCUCGAGGCUCCCCCUUCCGCGGUCGGAUUUUACAAAAUAGUCCCUAGGUUUAUUCGCUGCUGCCUGCUAAUUUGCUGUUCUUCAACCUAAUCUAUUUAUUUCUCUCGAAACAGCGGAACACUACUUCGUUCGAAUGGCGGCGACCACGCAGAAAAGCUUAACGAGUUCUGACGCGGAUGUUAUUAACGGAGAUAAAGCCGCGGAUCCAGGACCGCCGGGAGACUCUUUUCCCUCUGCGACGUCAGAAUCUGGAGCACAUGCCACGUGUACGGCUUCAGGGUCAGGAGCGUCAUCCGGCUUGUUGCAGCGACUUUCCAAUAAGAUGAUUAGCAAGGUUGCCAGCAAGGUUACCAGCAAGGUUACCAGCAAGGUUACCAGCAAGGUGACUGGAGGCAUGGGAAGGAUCAACUUGAAGGAGCGUGGGAGGGACAGAAGCAGCGGCUACAGCAGACGCAAGAAGAAAGGCAUUCCGGAAGGAGGAGGUGGUGAUUGCGCCCAUAGCAGCAACAGCACCAGCAGCGCCGGAAAAGGAGCAAUGGGAGGAACGACAGAAAACGCAGCAGUGGUGGUAUCAGCAGGAGCAGCAGCUGCCGAGGGGGGAGAAGGAGAAGAAAAGGUUAAAGGCGCUGUGCAUUCUGACGCCGUUCUUAACUCUGCUUCUGAUGCGGUUUCUGGUGCUGUUUCAGCUGCUGCUUCAGGUGCUGCGUCAGGUGCUGUUUCAGGGUCUGACAUUGCACUGUCGGUCGUUUCUUCAACCCAUCUUGACCCUCGUGCCAAGGCACGCUUUCGGCGCCUCUUCCGCUUCCACCACUGGCUCUCCAACCAAUCGCAGGCUUCUUCCAACUCCGAGCCCUCCUCCAACCAAUCACGUGCUUCUUCAAAUACCGAAACCGUUUUGGUGUCCGGCCAGAUCAAACCAGACAAUCCAGCCAAUCACCUGCAGCCAGCUGUCAACCAGGAGACACGUCAAGAUCACUCCUCGCUGUCUUCCCCAGCCCCUUCAGGUUCAGCGUAUGCAGCUGUUGUCGCUGACGGAAUUCCAGACCUUGUGCUUGUAACGAAGCCCCAGGCUUCAACAUUCAUGCCCUUUUUUGUGAGCUUCUCCUCAGGCGCAAACGCAUCCCCAUCACCAACCUCCUCUACCGAGCCUUCGUUUCAGCCACCCAACCAAUCCAAGGCGCCUGGAACAGUUUUUUCUCCUUAUAGCGGAGCGCUCCCCUCUCCAGUUCCUUAUAGCGGGAAUUGUUGCAUUCCUCCCAGUGUACUCCUUCCUUAUGCGCGUGGAGGGCCCUUAAUCUCCCCUCCCAGUGGAUAUGGCUCCUCUGCUGCUGGUGCUGUCUCAGGUGUUUUCUCAGGUGUUGCCUCAGGUGUUGCCUCAGGUGUUGCCUCAGCUGACUUUUCUGCUUCUGCCACUGCGUCUGAUUCGGACUCGUUUACUCAAGGGGGUUCACUCAGGGAGUUACUGGAUCAGGGCAAGAUGUGUCGGGAGGAGGCGUUAGAUCUGGUUAGAAUCUACCAUGCAGCCUCGGCCGCACAGGGGCCCUGGGAGAAUGAGGCUUUGCCGCCAGAGCUGGGGGUCUUAGACUCUGAUAGUGAUGGGGAGGAGGAAAAGGAGGGUCAGGAGGAGCAGGAGGAGGAGAGGCAGGAGAGGCCGGAGGAGGAGAAGGAGGGGGGGCAGGAGGAGAAGGUGGAAGAGGAGAAGGAGGAGGAGGAGGAGGAGGGGGAGGAGGAGGAGGAGGAGGAGGAGGAGGAGGAGGAGGAGGAGGAGGAGGAGGAGGAGGAGGAGGAGGAGGAGGAGGAGGAGGAGGAGGAGGAGGAGGAGGAGGAGGAGGAGGAGGAGGAGGAGGAGGAGGAGGAGGAGGAAGAAGAAGAGGAGGAGGAGGAUCAGGGGGGUGCCGAUGAUUGGUCCGAUGGGGCAUUGGAGCAGAAGCUACAGGAAUUGCAGCUAGUUGCAGAUCUGCACUAUAUGCUGCAGCACGCCGGCAAUGCCCACAGGGCCAAUGCAGACAGCAGCAUCGGCGUCGGCAGCUCUAACGGGGGCCCUAGUGGCGGCAUUAACGGCGGCCCUAUCGGCGGCUCUAGGAUCGGGGGGGCUGUAUCAGUAUGCUAUGAUCCCAGACCAGUUUCUGUGACAGGUCAGGGAGAAGUGGGUUUCCAGCCAGCAGUGCCUAUAUGGCCAGCGUUCUACAGUGCAGCAGAGGAGGGGGUUGGGUUCACGGAACGAUUCGCUCAGCUGAGAGGAAAACCUGCUGUGAGCGCUGCCGGUGCUGCCGGUGCUUUGAGCGCUGCCAGUGCCGCCAAUGCUGCCGGUGCUGCCAGUUCUGUUGGCGCUGCCAGUGCUGCCGGUGCUGUUGGCGCCGCCGGUGCUGCGAGUGCUGGGAGUGCUGCCAGUAUGGGGCCUAUAUUGCCAGCAUUGUAUGAUGCAGCAGAGGAUGGGGUCGGGUUCACGGAACAGUUUGCUCAAAUGAGAAACAAUGUUAAGGUGAGGCGGGGGGAGGAGGAGGAGGUGGUGAUCCAUUCGAAUUGUGCGGCCGAGGAACGAAAUCUGAGUGAAAGACAUGGGGGAUGUGAGAAUGAGAGCGCGCGAGGGAGACAGGGAGGAAGACAGGGAGGGGGCCAGGAGGAAAUUUUGGGAAGAAGACUGAGAGGGAGUCAGGAAACAAGCCAGGGAAAGGGCAUGGGAAAAAGUGAGGAAGUAACCAAGGCUGACAGUUGCGUGGGUCAACUAGGCAGCAAAGUGUCCAUACUACCUAUCCUGUAUGACGCUGCUGAGGAUGGCGUGAGCUACACUCAUCAUUUUAACCAGCUGCGGCAGAAAAGGAACAAUGGCUAGGAUGGCAUGACACUACGGUUUUAUUGUGCAACGUGGGUAUGUACGAGUGCGUCUCUGUGCAUUCAUUUGUGCAUGGUUCCAUGCUCGACCAAGAUGACGAGAAUUGUGAUGGGUUUUGGGUAUGUGGUGUGAUGUAGUGCAAAAUGUAUAGCCAUGCCCGUAUUCUUAUUCUCAGCAGUUCCUGUCAAACAUAACUUAUGUUGUUACUGUAGACUAUACAGAUUUGUGCCUUAGAGGGUACAACACACUAGUCUAUAUUGCCCUGUAUCUUCCUAUUCUAGUC